AUGAUUCAAAUAUGUAAAGAAUAUUAUCGUGGAAAUACAAAAGAAAUAAAAUUAAUAUAUGAAUUUGAACAAAAUUAUCAAUCACAAGAUGCUAUUCUUUGGUAUUCAAAACAAUCAUUUAUUUAUAAAUUAAUUAAUAAAGUAUUAAGAACAGAAGAUAUUGAUUUAUUAUAUACAUUUCGAUUUUUUAUUGGUGAUCUUUCAGAAAAUCUUCAACGCGAAUAUGAAAAGAUUUUAUUAUCAAAAGAAAAAAUUUUAAAUGUUUAUAGAGGACUAAAACUUGACAAAGAAGAGUUUAAUAAAUUAAAAGAAAAUCAAGGAAAACUUAUUUCAACAAAUGGAUAUUUAUCAACUAGUCGACUAAAAUCAUUAGCAUUAAAUUUUGCAUUAAAACCAACAAAAAGAACUGAUGUCAUUUCUGUUCUUUUUCAUAUUCAAUGUAAUAUUGAAUUAAUUGAUAAAAAUAUAAUUUUUGCUGAUAUUAAUCAAUUUAGUGAAUAUCCAGAUGAACAAGAAAUUUUAUUUGAUUUAAAUGCUUGUUUUGAAAUUGAAUCUAUUGAAGAAAAUAAAUCAUUACAAAUAAUUAAAAUGACUGUUUCGAAUGAAGGACAAAAAAUUACUAAAGUUUUUAUUGAAUUAACAGAAAAAGAAACAGAAGAACAAAGUGUUUCAAUUGUCUUUGGAAGAUUAUUAUGUAAUUUAGGUGAAUAUGAUAAAUCACAAAAAUAUUUUCAACAAUUAUUAAAUGAUUCAAAUGAUGAAGAUCAAGCUUGGAUUGAAUGUAAUAUUGGUCGAGUUCUUCAUUUGAAAGGUGAAUGGCAGGAAGCUCGAGAAUACUACGAUAGUGCAUAUGAUCGAAUGAUGAAAAAUAAGCCAGCACGAAUUAAAGAUUCCGCUGGUGUUCUCAACAACAUUGGCAUCAUUCUCGAUGAUCAAGGCAAAUACGAUGAAGCUCUUGAUUAUCAUCAAAGAGCAUUGAAAAUUCGAGAGAAAUUUCAUCCAUCUGAUCAUAUCAGCAUUGCUGCAAGCCUCAACAAUAUUGGUGCUAAUCUCUAUGAUCAAGGAAAGUACGAUGAAGCUCUCGAUUAUCACCAACAAGCAUUAAAAAUUAAAGAGAAAUUUUAUCCAUCUGACCAUAUCAGCAUUGCUGAUAGCCUCAACAAUAUUGGCAAUAUUCUUUUAGAUCAAGGAAAGUAUGAUGAAGCUUUCGAUUAUCAUGAACGAGCAUUGAAAAUUCGAGAGAAAUUUUAUCCAUCUGGUCAUGUCAACAUUGCUGCAAGCCUUGGAAGCAUUGGUGUUAUUCUCCAUAAUCAAGGAAAGUAUGAUGCAGCCCUUGACUAUCAUAAAAGAGCAUUGAAAAUGAGAGAGAUAUUUUAUCCAUCUGGUCAUGUCGAUAUUGCCACCAAUUUGAAUAAUAUGGGCCUUUGUUAUGAAUAUCAGAAGAAGCAAAAGAUGGCACUUGACUAUUAUCAACAUGCUUUGACUAUGUAUGAAAGGUUUCUUCCUGUUGAUCAUCCAAGUCGACAGAGAACUGAGAGGAAUAUUCGUCGACUUUAUGGAAAAACCUAA